UACAGUUUUUCACAUUCUUGUUCUUCUGUGGUUCGGUUAAUCAGACAACUGAGCAAGUAAAGUGUGGUAGUGACAGAAGACAUCAGUGGGAGUGAUAUGACUCAUAUUAUUAUGCGCAAAGUUGUGCAACCGGCAAUGGUGGGGGCGCGAGAAGCAUAUAAGAGAGUGUGCCUGUCGGAUCUGUUGAUUCCUGCGACGUGUAGCUGCGGUGAGGUGGGCGCGACAGGAUAUAAGUGCCUGCAAGUACCUCUGACAGGAUUCCAUAUGACAACUCGUUCCCCAGAACCUUCCAGCUCUGGGAGGUCUGAAGGCGGACGAGACAGUGAAAUGGAAAUGGUGUCACAACCAGAGCACGGUGGUGAAUGCUGCGUGUGGUUGGUGAAGACAGCGAAGUGUGUCGGAGCAGUGCGGCACCUGAGGUUCCUCCACCCCCUGUGACUGCUGCUUCACAAAAUGACGAUUGGUUGUUUGUCAAUUUUCGUUUCUGGGGCGAAGAUGAAUACACGAGGCACGGCACGUACUCCUGGCGUGAGAGCAUCGACAACUUGUCCGACGGGAUUUUGACAGAUAUCUUCCCGGACAUGGCAUUCGGUGAGGGGCAACCGGAAAUUGCUGACGGCACACUGCACGACACUUACUCCGGGUGUGUGAAAAUCGACGACUUGCCCGACGAGGUUUUAAUAAAGAUCUUCUCGUACGUGUCGUUCAGUGUGCUGGUAGAUGCGGUACCGAAAGUGUGCCUGCGUUGGAGAAGGCUGUCACAAGAUUUGGAGUUGUGGGCUGACAAGGAAUACGAAAUCAGGCACUACUGCGGUUGCGACACUGACACCUGUAAGGGCGGCAUGACCGACGAAGGGGCGAUACAGACUUUCUGCGAUGCCCCGAACCUCGUCAAAGUACGCAUGGUGCGUCCCGUCAGGUCCCGUGUCUUCCGUGCGCUCUACAGCAGCUGCCACAGACUGUCAGAGCUGCACAUGCAUACCAACCAGCAGCUCAGCUAUUCGGUUCUGAAGAACUUGUUCGAGAAGUGCUCCAGGAUACACACGCUGACACUAUCCGAUCGAGUACUGCAGUCCGAGGAAUGUUCGGAGGCAGUGUCACGUCUAGAGCACCUCCGAGUACUGUCUCUGGCUGUAAGCUACGCGGGGAGCGCUCCCGUGCUGGGACCUUUGGGCGACGGGUGCCCGAGGCUAGCCGAGGUUGACUUCGGAAUCGCGACUCCCUAUAUGGAUGACCUGAGGCACUUCUUCAAUGGCAAGAGGAACACUCUCAAGUCUGUACGGAUAAAGUGGACGAUGGCUGGAAGAAGAUGUGUCCUGCCACUGCUGACAGUCUGUGCCAACUGCUUGGAACGGCUGCAACUUUACGAUUUUGACAUAGUCCGCGACGAGGCGAGAGAGGCAUUUACUGCACUGGGAAGCCUGAAGAACUUGCGGGAACUCAAGAUGCAGAUCAAUGAGCCUCUACCACCUGGCGUAGGUCAUCUGGCAUUUAAGACUGGUCUACCAAAAUUGAGGCUGCUGGAUCUAGAAUUUGCAUUCGGCAUGGACGACAACACAGUAAUUGCCAUCAGCCGUGGGUGCCCUGUUUUAAGGGAACUCAAUCUCAGAGGAGCUGAUCGACUGUCUGAUGCAGCCUUCUCUCAGGUCUACCACCUUAAACAUCUUGAAAUACUGAACGUGUCAGCUUGCAAAGGUCUCGGCGGAGCCCUGAUCCCCUGCCUCGCCAGACUACCACAACUUCACACGUUGAUCAUGGAAGAAUUAGAGUUUCCAGUGCUGCAGCCAGGACUGAACAGUAUCCUCGAACUAUCCGGUGUGCGCAGCCUGACACUCGACAGUUCCCUUGUUACUGGAGUGCCAUUUGAUAGGUUUCCGGGAAAGCUUGUCAGCCUCCGGGUGUUGAGUGUCCAGUGGUGCAGAGGCGACCCUACGGCCACAGACGGGCUGGUCGAGCAGAUGCCCGGACUCGAACUCCACGGCUACAUCGAAGUGGAGGAACCGGAUGCAGACGAGGAGUUUCACGAGAGCGAUGCGGAAGGUGCAGAGGAAGAAAAUGGAGAGAAUGCGGAGCUCGACGAUGCGGAAGGUGCAGAGGAAGAAAAUGGAGAGAAUGCGGAGCUCGACGAUGCGGACUGAAGUGUGGGAUGACAGUUCGGGGAGUGGUGAGGAGUGAUGGUGGUAGUAACAGUGAUACUGAGAGUGAUAAUAUUUUUCGAAGUGAUAGCAGUAUAGCUAUUAUCUUCCUAGGGGACGUACAAAAGUGACGUGUCCACCUCCGUAGCAGAGUGGUCGGCGUCACCGAAUGCUGUGCUAGGGGUCCAGUUGUGAUUCCCGGUUGCUUUGGAAAUUUUCUACGCUCGGGGACUGGGUGUCGUGCCACCUUCGCCGUCGUCAACACGCGAGUCGCCAAGGUGGCGUAAAAUAAAAAGAUCUGCACACGACAGACGAAAUAGAUGAAAGGACACUCUCUGCCAGAAUAUUCUGUACGCACAAUUCAUUUCGUAAAAGUGAUUUGAUGUUUAUAGGGAAUAAUGAUUCACAAUAUUGGUUGCAUCUAAGCUGUAACUGUGUAACUGGGCCAAAAUUUUAUACUUCACAGAAGUAGUUAUUGGCCCUUGCAUUAGGGAGGUCUACCAAGUGCUUUCUAAUGCUGUGAAACCAAAGAUAUUUAUUUAUUUUUGUAACAUUGUUUAUUUGUUGGAUUUUCUGUAAUACCAUGUUAACAGGGGCAGAAAGUAUUUUGAAGUAAGGUAAUUGCAGAUCAUUUUGAAAAUGUUUUGGUGGAACCAAACCACAUAUAAUAAUAUUAUUUGAAUUCCUGUUGUGAAGACAAUGGAUCUGCAAUGCCCAUUUGUAAAUUCUGAUGAGCUAGCAAUUCUUCACCCUUUUGCUGCUGUGGGUGUGUAUAAAAGUCGUACUGUGCUGUUCCCGAGGUGUUGUGGACGUGCAUGCGUGCACCACUAGGAUUUUUUCUACAGUGCUACAGACAUCUGAAUGUGUCUUGAGCCACUGACCUCUCACUGCUGCAGACCAGUUAUAAAAUAGUUUCGAGUAUUUAUCAUACAACAUAAUAUAUAUGCCUUAUUGUGUGCUAUUGUGUGCAAAAUCUUGAAUCAUUUAUGAGAUAUGAUGAUUCUUAUGACCACAUGAUAUGCAACGACAUGAACGAGUACAUUGUGCGUGACCGUCCUCUAGAUAUAACUCGAGAAUGCAAUGAGAUAGUUUUCUGUUGUCAGUUUUAAAUAAAUUUCACUCAGUGCAAUGUAUGAGGUAAAAUCAAACACACUAAGUUUAUGCAAUGCAUUUCUAGCUCUGCAAAAUCUAAAAAUUUUGCUCAAUGUUUUGCUUAAAAGCCUGCAAGUCCCCACAGAUGGAACUGGGUGCAUUGUGCUGGACUCUCCAUCACAUAUAAAACCCAAUAACUCGUGGAUGAAAUGAGAUACCUUUCUGCCCUCAAAUUUCAAUAUCUUAUCUACAUUUUGUGUUCUGCGUACAGUUGAUUGUAACUCGUAUAUCACAAACUUUACACAAUGAAUUUUUACUUCUGCAAACUCUUUAAAAUUUUGUGCGAUGUUUUACUUAAUUAGAUGCGGUGCAGUAAGUAUGAUGGAUAGAGAAAAUAAAUUAAGUUGUUUUUUGAGUGAAGGUAUCAGACUGUACGAUAUGCAAAAAUCAAUAGUUUUGACCUAAUAGUUUGCAAAACAUUGCACAGUAAGUAUUUUAAUGUUGGUCCCUUAGCAAAGGCACAAGUAUUUGGCAAGCAAUGCAGCUGUAACAAAAGCUACCUCAGCAGGGAAUACAAAGAGUACGACUGUAGCAACAGAAGGGUUAGGUAGCAGUGACUGAAUUAGUGUGUACGUUCAAUGGGGAGCAACUGUCAACGCUUUGUGUUAUUUGCUGUCAAGAAAUACUGCCUUACUAAAGGAUUUCAUUGUCAGCAUCGUGUUUUGUCGUAUGAUUUUUAUGGUCUCCCAAUUUCUUUUAUUUUAUAUGCAGAGCACCAGUGCUAAACAAGAAAAUUCUAGUGAAAUGUGGAUGCAGAUGUCACACUACUGUUGUACACAUGAAAUGGAUGAGAAAAUUCUACCAUUGGUGGUGCUCUAACUGAAUGGAAUAUGUAUUUGUAAGGAAAAACACAUCUGGGUAGUUGCAGAUGCAGUAUUAGUAUUAACCCUUAACUCGUGAGCUGCAUGCUUUCAGACCACCUGAAAAUUUUUGAACGAGCCCUCAGCGGUCAGUUCUGGUGGACUGUGUCUACAGGGUGUUUUGAUGAGUCACUCACUAUUUUAAACAUUUAUUAUUUCUUUAUUUAUGAACCAAUUUUCUUAUAACUACUUUGUUACAGUACUGAAUGUCAAUUUUGCAGACGUUCAUUUAUACCUAUGGAGUGAAAUUUUCUGUGCAGGUUUAAACCCUGAAAUUUACUUUCACUUGAAAAUGUGCCCGAUAGAGAGAUAAUGUAAUUUUUCAGGACAUCAAAUUCAGUGCUGUAACAGUUUGUGUACCGUUUUAAAAAAUGCACAGAGGUAUGUGAUUUUGUAUGAUAAAAAGUAAAAUACUGUAGGCAUUCUUUAGUACAAUGCAAUCGACAAGAAGUAUUUGAACAAAACACAAAUAAUUGUAAAACGAAUUGUUAUAUGACUUAAAUUUAAAUUUUCAAAUGAUUUGCACCUUAAAUCAUAGGUUAAACUAUGGCGUCCCAAAGAACCCACCUUGUAGUAUACGUUACAGAAAAGUCACCUCGUGAGUUAGGGAUUAAUUUUAACAAUCACUGUAACAGCAGCUGCUGACAAACAAACAUUGAAAAUUUGAUUUUUUUUUUCUGGACAUGUUAGCACACUUCAAUUCAGUCAGAGUUAUAAUGUUUCAUUAAUUGUAUUUGGAAAAUGCUUUUUAGAAGUGUGUGUACUAUUCUGCUGUAGAACACAUCACAAUGCAUGCCCGACUUGUGCACUCUCUUCUCAGUUGUGGUCAGUACUUCAAAAUUUGAUGUGUUUGGUUAUGAGUAAAUCACAUUAAGAUUGUAAACUGAAGCUGGUGCUAGACACCACACUGAAUUUUCCUGGAUAUCCAAACUCUUACAGCAGUUGCUUGUAACUUUUGUGUAUUUUGCUCAGUGAACAUGUAAUUAUUACUUCUCUGAUAGUAUGGCACCAUCUUUAUUGUCACAGUUCUGUCAGUUUAAAAGAAAAGGAAAACAGUAGCCACAGUAGUGCGUGCAAUGUAUUUUGUAUCCUCUGCUUAGUUUUUCUAGAAUUGAGGUUAUUUGUAUUCAGUUAGCUGGUGUUGCCCUAGCAUUCACUGUCACGCCAAAAUACUGUCAGUCCAGCAAAAGAUAAAGUUGUCAUUAAAAAAACAAAAUUUAGUCAUUAGCUGUAAAAUGUCUUACUUUCUUGACAGUAAUAUGUGAUUAUCAAGAACAAGACAGUAAAAAUACUUUUUAAAAAACCACUUGGUCUAGAUACAACCUGGUGACAGUAUGUGCAGUGUGUACUGAUGUUUGUACAUUUUAUUUAUUUAUUUACUUAUUUAUAGCAAAUUACUUGUUAUUUAUUGUCUACUGCACAUGUCUUAAACUGUUUACAACAGUUAUGCAGGUUCCUGUUCCUUCUCUCUGUUGUUUGUAACUUGUGAUGUUCACCUCGGUGUUAUAACUGAAGCUUUAUAUUGGCUGUGAUUGUUGUAAUAUUAAUGUGUUUAGCCUUUUUUCCAUAAAUGUUGCUCAUCAGGUAGCCUGCUUUUAUUGGAUCCUUAAGUGGAAUGAUAUUGAAAAGCCUGUCCAAAUGCAAGCCAGAAGGUUGCAAAUUUACCACAGUUAACGCUCCAGUCUAGUCCACAAACUAACCUCUGGUGCUGUGUCCUCUUCCAUCUCCUAUCAGCACAGCACCAAAAAACAAAAAAAUCAGAAAUAGCACUUGUUACAUUUUUGUCAGUCCCAACAGAAGUCCUGUCGUCUCAAUAUAAUGCUUUCCCAUCAUUAACAAUUCUGCGUUACAAUGUUUCCUGGAUUUUAAGUUUUGUUUUCACGUUAUUGUGACCUUUAACUUCGAUUUUCGUACAAAUUUCUGAAGAAGGAAAAGUCAGCCUUGGAACGAAGAAGAAAAAACAGAGUAUAUGCAGAGUUACUGAUCACGUAAUUUAGUGUCAGUGUGAUAAGAGAUUUUCUCUGUAGGCGUGUUUGGUCGUGGGCCACCUGUAUUAUAUGUCUGCAGUGUUUGGGAGGGUGGGAAAGUAUGUCGAGUCACUGUAUUGAUGAUAAUCACUAUCUGAUGAUAGUGACUUUAGUAGCAAACUUCCUUCCGCUCAUUGUGUUGUAUUACAGCAGCAAUAAUUUAAGGUCACAAUCAUUGAUACACAUAAAUGCCACGUUUGAAGACAGCUGUCUCUAUAAUGGGCUUUCGUGAAUCGUUGUUACUUCUACAUCUACUUCAACAAAAGCCCGUAUUGAGCUAAUGAGCGUCUCUC